AUGGUCCAUGAUGAUAAGUUUCUAAGAGAUGCUGCAUUCAAUCUUUUUGUAGCUGGAAGAGAUACCAUAACUUCGGGUCUUACAUGGUUCUUUUGGCUUGUUGCUACACACCCAUUAGUCGAGGCCAAAAUUCUUGAAGAAAUCGAAAAGGUUUUUGGCGCUGCUGUCCGAGAAAAAUGCAAAAUUUUAGGGAUGGAGGAUGUGAAGAAGCUAGUUUACCUACAUGGUGCUCUAUGUGAAGGUUUGAGGCUAUUUCCACCUGUUCCUAUUGAACGUAAACAAUCAUUGAAACGUGACACACUUCCGAGUGGUCAUUAUGUUAAUCCAAAUUCAAUUAUUUUGUUGUUUACUUAUGCAAUGGGAAGGUUUGAAGAGAUUUGGGGAAAAGAUUGCUUGGAGUUCAAGCCAGAGAGAUGGAUAUCUGAAAAAGGAGAAACAAUACACGUUCCAUCUUAUAAGUUUAUUAGUUUAAUGCAGGUCCAAGGACAUGCUUGGAAGCGGCGGCCUGGUAGUGGCACUGCUUCAAUUGCAGCAGCGGAGAGUGAACGCAGCCAUGAAACAGAGAAAAACGAAGGGGAUGGAAGACACAGGGGCUGCACCAUGUUCUGGUCGUUCCAUGGGAGAACGGAAAACGGGGCUGGAAUUGCGACGGUGCUAGGCUGGUUCGCGAUGGUGAGACAGGGUGAGACGGGAUGA